AUGGCCAAAGCUCUCUUAACGAUCUCUUCCACUUUCCUCUUUCUCCUCCUCGCCGCCACAAUCAGGGCGGCGACCGAACCAAAUGCCGGCGACGGUUACUCCCAGCUGCUGUCGCCGGCGAAACUCCGCCUCAGGAAAGAGAAGCUCAGCCACCUCCACUUCUACUUUCACGACAUCCUGAGUGGGCCCAACCCCACGGCCGUGCCAAUCGUCCGGCCCACUACCAACUCGUCAACGUCCUUCGGCUUGGUCAACAUGUUCGAUGACCUGCUGACAGUCGGGCUAGAGCCCAGUUCCAAGAUCGUGGGCCGGGCCCAGGGGUUCUAUGGGUUCGCCUCCCACAGCGAAUUUGCGGCCUUGAUGGCUCAAAACUUCGUUUUCAUGGGAGGGAGGUUCAACGGGAGCACGCUCACCGUGAUGGGGAGGAACGCGGUGUUGUCGCCGGUUAGGGAGUUGCCGGUGAUCGGCGGGACCGGGGCUUUCAGGUUUGCUAGGGGUUAUGCUAAAGCCAGGACCCGGGUUUCAGACUUGACCAAUGGAGAUGUUGUCGUGGAGUACAACAUUUAUGUCUAUCAUUAUUGA